GAAAAUAAAAAUAUUUCGUAUCAGCGGCGGGGCUUUUAAAUUUUUAUAUUAUUGACACAGGAUGAAAAAUGGAGACUUCUGCCGUUAAUAAAAGUUUCAGUUCAUCGUCAGAUAGUUUUCCAGAAAAGGCAGUUAAGCUUCCAAGCAUUGCUGACUUUACAAUAAUAAAACCUAUAAGUCGAGGAGCUUUUGGGAAAGUGUACCUGUGUCAUAAAAAAGAGAAGCCAGAUCAAAUAUUUGCAGUGAAGGUAAUGAAAAAAGAAACUAUGGUUAAUAAAAACAUGAUGAAACAAGUGUUGACUGAAAGAAAUGCAUUAGCUUUAAGUAGAAGUCCAUUUGUUGUACAACUUUUUUAUUCCAUGCAGUCCAAAAAUAGCAUAUUUUUGGUUAUGGAAUAUAUGAUUGGGGGUGACGUAAAAUCUCUCCUUCACAUUUAUGGUUUCUUCGAUGAAGAAAUGGCUGUUUUUUAUGCUUCAGAAGCUGCCCAUGCAUUGGAAUAUUUGCAUAAACAUAAUAUUGUUCACAGGGAUCUCAAACCAGACAAUAUGUUGAUAUCUGCUACUGGACAUAUAAAACUUACUGAUUUUGGACUAUCAAAGAUCACUGUAAAUAAACCUAUAAAAAUUAUUGACCUCCUUGGAUCUCCUAACGAUAACAGUGAAUCAAAUGAUGGCCUUCCAAAUCGCACACCUGGACAACUGCUAUCCCUGACAUCUGCUUUUGGAUUUUCUUCAAAAAAAGGCAGCUUGAAUGCAGCAAGUACUGCUAGCCCAUCUUUUCCAGGGGAGUCUUCUGUGGAACGAAGGUCUUAUAUGUCUGACUCGCGGUGUAGUGUAGACCGUCACAGUUCAGAUUUUAGUUCAGUUCUGUCACCUUUGGCUUUGAAUUUUGAGACUCCAGACAAAUUAUUGGAAGUAAAAGAAACAAGUUCUGAAUCGCCCAUAAGAUCAAAACUGGCAAGACAUGACUCUUUUAGCUCUACGUCUAGCAGCAAUUCCACCUUCACACCUUAUUGCCCCAAGAAAAAGAGAAAAAUUCUUUCCUCUCGUUCUACAAAAAACUUGCGUGAGAUUCGUUUAUCUGGAUCAUUAACCACUGCUCUAGAAAUGAAACCUGAAACAAAUGAAAGUGAAUUUAACUGCGGCUCUAAUACAUCAAAACCAAAACAUAAAAGAAAACAUUCUUCUAGCUCCGAUGAUGAAAACUUGCCUAAUAAUAAGACUGGACUAUCAGCUGUAUUAUCUGAUUUGCGCUUUGAAGAUCAUGAAAUUGACAAAGAAAUAAUUUCAAAUGAAACCACAAUGUGCAAUGUUUUCUCAGACAGAAAUGUGAAGAAAUGCCGUUUCUCAUUGGAAAGUCCCAGACACAAGACGGAAUAUAAAAAUACUCAUUCACUUUCUGAAUCUAUGUACUUAAAAAGUUUCCAGUCUCCUUUAACGGAAGCUAACUAUCCUAAAAAAUCUGUAAAUUUUUGUUUUAAAAGUGAUAGCUCAGCUGAACAGUUGGGCAGUUGUUUCAGCAACAAGGUAGAUGAACAAUCCCUUGCAAUGUCUGACCAAAAUUCAGUUUUUUCGACUCCUGGAGACAAAAGAAUGUUCAGUUCAAGGUUUGUUACCCCAUUGCAACGUUCUCGAGCACGAUUCAGAACACCCAAAAGUGUGCGCAGGGGGCCUGAACCAGAUUCGAGUGAAAGAAUACUUGGGACUCCUGAUUACUUAGCUCCUGAAUUAUUACUUCGCAAAGAGCAUAGUUUUCCUGUUGACUGGUGGGCUCUAGGUGUUUGUCUGUUUGAAUUCCUGACUGGUAUUCCACCUUUUAAUGAUUCUACAGCAGAAGCUGUUUUUAAUAAUAUUUUGCAAAGAGACAUUCCAUGGCCUGAUGGAGAAGAAGCUCUUUCUGAUAAUGCAAAAAGUGCUAUUGACCAAUUGCUUACUCUAGAUGCUAACCAAAGGCCUGGAGUCAACGAACUGAGAAAAUGGCCAUUAUUUGGAAAGAUUGAAUGGGAAAAAAUCUUGAAGUCAGCUGCUCCUUUUGUACCUAUUCCUGAUAGUAAAACAGAUACAGGAUAUUUUGAAGCACGGAAUGAAGAACAACAUAUAAAGGUAUCAAGCUUUGAACUGUAACAAAUUCUUAUGAGCAUAAGAAAUAUUUUAGAAUAUGCUCUAAAAAUGUAUAUUUUAAUCAAAUUUGUGUAUUGUUGAAUUGAAUCAUAUGUAAAGUAUGAAUCAAACCAAUAUUUUUGGAAAUGGUUCUAUAAAUAUAUGGCACAUAUUGUAAAUAUUUUUAAUGUCAAUGCAAGUACAAACAAACCCUACAAAUGUAUUUUAUGUCUAAUUUUACUACAUAUUCUGUACUUCAAUUUAUUAUAUAUAUCAUGUACAUUGUACUCAAUUCCAAAUAAGGUGAUUUCACAUGUAAAUUUUUAGUUUUAUUAAAUUGCCUUAUAUGUCAAUGCCUUUUAGUUAUUUGUUUCAUUUUAAAAUUUAAUCUCACCAUUUUACUAUAUAAUAAUUAACUAACCAGUAUAUAAAAAUUUAUGGUGUUACUUAUACUGUGGUACAUAUACCACUAAUGGUGCUUAGCAUUAUUCUGGGUGAAUCAGUCUUUAGAAAAAAAAAAGUUUAAAUGUAUAUAAAAUGGCACCCUUUUUAAUAUUUUGUUUUAAUCUGUAAUAUUAUAAUUUUUCUGUUUUGGAUACUACUGUAUUUAAAAUUCAGUUGAACAAAGUAGUCAGAAGAUAAUAGAAAUCAUAUGAAUGAUUUGAUAAGCCUAAUUUAUGAAAUUUUUCAGUUUAA